CUCAUCUCUCUGCCGCAGUGGCUAGGGUUUUUUUCUUUCACCCAAUUGUCCAAUUUCUCUGACUUUUCUCUUCACACUCUUGUUUUGCUCACUCUCGCUCCCAAACUCAUCAUUCCCCGAAAUCUGUAUCUGUUUCUCUAUAUCAUAAUCGGCGGUUCUUCAUGGAUUGCAGUAAUUUCUGAGAGUUUCGUGUUGGGGGGAUUUUGCUCUAACUUGUAGCUCGUCGUCUGGGUGUGAGUUGCAGUUCUUGGUUGAGCGAAUAUGGCAACUAUGAACCCUUUUGAUCUCUUGGUCGACGACGACAACGAGGACCCUAAUCAGCUCGCUUCUGCUCAGCGGUCUGCGCCGUCGCCGCCGUCUAAGAAAGCCCCUGCUCUGGCUCAGCCCGCCAAACCGGCGGCUAAGCUUCCUUCCAAGCCGCUUCCUCCGGCUCAGGCUGUGAGGGAGGCAAGGAACGAAAAUAGCCGUGGUCGCGGAGGUGGACGUGGAUUUGGACGAGGACGUGGUGGCGGUGGUGGAUUUAAUAGGGACUCAGCGAAUAAUGAAAGCAAUGCACCAGGUGGCAAGAACGGAUUCUCUGAUCGUUAUCUGCCUCCUGAGGAAGGUGAAAAGGGUGAAAAGCGUGGGUAUGGUGGUCCUCGUGGCUCUUUCCGAGGUCCUCGUCGUGGUGGCUUCAGCAAUGGGGAAGCAGAAGAAGGGGAACAUCCCCGAAGAAUGUUUGAUCGUCGCAGUGGAACUGGACGUGGAAAUGAGUUUAAGCGUGAUGGGGGUGGUCGUAGGAACUGGGGAGCUCCUGGUGAUGAAAUUGCCCCGGAUGUGGAAGAGCCUGUUGCUGAAAAUGAGAAGAAUGUUGCUCCGGAGCAACAAUUGGGAGAGGAUGUGGUGAAUGAUGAGAACAAAGAGGAUGCUGCAAAGGAGCCAGAAGAGAAGGAGCCCGAGGAUAAGGAGAUGACCCUCAAAGAGUAUGAGAAGCUCCGUGAAGAGAACAGGAAACUUUUGGCAAAGACUGAGGUGAGGAAGGCUGAGGUGGAUGAGGAGUUAGAGAACAUGCAGCAGCUUUCUUGCAAGAAAAGCAAUGAUGAAAUAUUUGCCAAAUUGGGUGGUGAUAAGGAUAAGCGCAAAGAUAAUGCUGACAAGGAAGAGAAAGCUAAGAAAUCUGUGACCAUAACUGAGUUCCUAAAGCCUGCUGAGGGUGAGAGGUACUAUAACCCUGGCGGUCGUGGUAGAGGCCGUGGGCGAGGAGGCUCAAGAGGUGGCUUCAACAAUGGUAGCAACAGAAUCAAUGUCUCAGCCCCCUCCAUUGAAGAUCCCGGGCAGUUCCCUUCAUUGAGUGCUAAGUGAGACUUUUACCACUAAAAACAUAUUUUGGCACUACAUUUUUAAGUUUUCUUGAGAUAUCAGAUCGGAAUUUUUGAGUUACAACUACCAACAGGAUUCUGAAACUCCCUCUAAUACUGCUAUGUAGUGUAAAUCUUGGAUGUUAUGUCUCGAACGUAAGUUAUGCAUCAAUUUUGAUUUUGUUGAAGGAUGUUUAUUAUUA